AGUUUGAUUUCAUGGACCUCGCUCAUAUCAUAUAUGGCCUUCAAAAUGGUAAUGGUAAUUGGGACCUAGAUCUCCUGUCCAGCAUUGUUAUUUAGUAUGAAUUGUCCACUCUUGUUACCCUUCCACACACACCCCCAUAUCAUGUUCACGCAUCCAUUAUUCCAACCCAUCAUUCUCUUAUUCCUCCUCUCAACUCCCGCUUCCCUAUCCCUAUCCUCGCACCUCCAAAGUUACAAGAAUUUCAACACCCAAUCAUCAAUCACCACCCGCCUGCGGAUGGCUGAGAUAAACAGAAUGGAAAUAAGUGUUAGCCAAGACGGCACAGCUGAUUUCAACACCAUUACACAAGCAAUCAACACCAUCCCUUUAUACAAUAACCGCAGGGUCUUGAUACGUAUAAAUUCAGGUGUUUAUAGGGAAAAGGUGAACAUCCCAAGAACAAUGCGGUUUAUAACAUUUGUAGGAAACGGGAGCCAUCCUCCAACCAUCACAGGAAACGACACCGCUUCUACGGUAAGUGGAAGAGAUGGGACACCGCUCAGGACAUUUCAAACUGCUACUGUCGCCGUUGAUGCAGAUUAUUUUAUAGCCAUUAACGUCAAUUUUGAGAACACGGCCCCACACGUGGUGGGGAGGGUGGGGGAACAAGCGGUGGCGCUGCGGAUAUCGGGGACGAAGGCCGCGUUUUAUAACUGCAGUUUCUACGGGAGUCAAGACACGCUAUACGAUCACAAGGGGCUUCACUAUUUUAGUAAUUGCUUCAUACAGGGCUCCGUUGAUUUCAUAUUUGGAUACGGAACAUCACUUUACGAGAAGUGCUAUUUGAAUUCGGUGAGCAAGAAAGUGGCGUCAGUCACAGCUCAAAAGCGCUCAAAUUCAUCAAUAUCAAGUGGAUUUUCAUUCAAAAACUGUAGCUUAACGGGGAGCGGUGGCGGCUCCAUUUACCUUGGACGAGCAUGGGGCGAUUAUUCCCGGGUCAUCUUUUCUUACAGUUUCAUGGACAAGAUUGUUCUCCCCCAAGGAUGGAGUGAUUGGGGCAAACAAUCACGCCACCAGAAAGUGUACUAUGGAGAAUACAAAUGCAGCGGCCCCGGAUCUAACCUGACGGGGCGAGUGCCGUGGGCGAGAGCACUCACCGACCAGGAGGCCCUGCCUUUUAUUGGCACCUAUUAUAUCGACGGUGACACUUGGCUUAUGGACCCUUCACUCUAUCCCUUUUAAUUAAUCAUUUAUUUAAAUAAAUUACCUUAUA